GUCAUCUUUCCAUCAUCGGUAUCCAAACCUUGAGGUUGAGAAACAGGGAAUGGACGCAUUUCACAUCCACGCGGUGGGAAAUUUGUUGGAUGUUUAAACCCCAGCUACGUAAUUCAAACCUUCAAGAAAAUGCUAUAAAAGGGGGAAUAUCCCGUGGGGUUUGUUCUAUCUUGUAUACUCAACCAAACACAUAAACUUCGAACCAAAUACAAAACAUUUAAAGUAUUCCCAUUUAAGUCAAACCCAAGACCUUCAUACCACCAGCAAACAUGUCGGACCCCGGACGCAAGGAUUUCUCAACCAAGGCCAAGGAGGAGAUGACCCCCGACUCUUCCAAGUCAACUCAGGAUAAAAUCAAGGAGACCGCCACUGACACGAAAGAUCGCCUUGCUCGUGGAAUUCAACCCGAUGACCAGAAGAGCACCGGCCAGGAGGCCUUCGACAAGACUCAACGCUCCUCCGAUAACCAAAAGGGAGGCGCCACUCAGACCAUUGGUGAUAAGGUGAAGGGUGCUCUGGGAAUGGAUAAAUAAACAUUCGGCGUCGGUCGAUAUACCAGAGGGAGGCAAGGAUGUUGCUUUUUGAGAUGUUUGGCUUUUCACGACCUGUAUAUGCGCGAUGAUGAUUUAUAUGCAAAGUAAUCCAUAGCAAAUUGACAACAAAUCAACCUUAUUAAAAGGAUUUUGCCCCGUUCCUCCCUCACGCUUUUUAUUUUCAUUGUCGGGAAGAGUGUGUAAUAUUAUCAUCUAUCAUUGCGAACCAAAUUUUCGAACAUCGUAUCUCUUUGGCGGACAAGGCUUCGGUAGUCUUUCUCAACUCGUUCAAGUUCCUUCUUCGCUUCUUGGACAUUAUGUGGUAGUCCAUGAAACAUUUUCACAUUGCCUUCUAGUGUCUUCACUGUUUCCCUCAGUCUAACCACAUUCUCUUCCUCAACCAUUAGCUCCUCAAUUCGUAGCCCUUUAUCUCUUCCGAUUUUUUCAAAGGUUGAAAUCCUAUUGUGGUAUUCAUCAACCUUUGUGCCAAGUAGCUUUGUCCCCCUCACCCAGUCAGCGGUUUGGACUGGUAAAUCUGCGGGGGUUUCGUAUCUUUCCUCAUUUUUAAGUUCUUUCAUCUGUGAGUGUAGAGCUCCGAGCUCUUUAUCGAGAUAUGAUUGUAACAGUUCAAUUUUGCGUACUUGUUCAGCAGCAUCGAAUUCUUCCCUUGUAAGAUCCACAAUGCGAUGACCCAGGUCGCUGAUGGUGGUGGUAAAGGUUCCCAGCAACACAGCCGUUUCAGCGAGUUCAUCCAAGAACUUAACACCCUUAUCAUCAAGGUUCGAUUCUAUGGUAUCGAGAAGUUCUGUUGGAGAAUCUGGGUUGGUUUCUUCCUGAGCUAAAAGAUUGCGAAUCGUUUCUUCUCGUGCGGCAUGAAGGAGGGCACCUUCAUCGUCUGCCGCAUCGUUGGCAGCAGCGAGCGCAAGAAGUGU